AUGUCGGGCCCGCGUGCAGGCUUCUACCGGCUGGAGCUCAACAAGACGGUGUGGGAGGUGCCGCAGCGGCUGCAGGGGCUGCGCCCGGUGGGCUCCGGCGCCUACGGCUCGGUCUGCUCAGCCUAUGACGCGCGGCUGCGCCAGAAGGUGGCGGUGAAGAAGCUGUCGCGACCCUUCCAGUCUCUGAUCCACGCGCGGAGAACUUACCGCGAGCUGCGGCUGCUCAAGCACCUGAAGCACGAGAACGUCAUCGGGCUGCUGGACGUGUUCACGCCGGCCACCUCCAUUGAGGACUUCAGCGAAGUGUACCUGGUGACCACCCUGAUGGGCGCGGACCUGAACAACAUCGUCAAGUGCCAGGCGCUGAGCGACGAGCACGUCCAGUUCCUGGUUUACCAGUUGCUGCGCGGGCUCAAGUACAUCCACUCUGCGGGGAUCAUCCACCGGGACCUGAAGCCCAGCAACGUGGCUGUGAACGAGGACUGCGAGCUUAGGAUCCUGGACUUCGGGCUAGCCCGCCAGGCUGAUGAGGAGAUGACUGGCUAUGUGGCCACUCGGUGGUACCGCGCACCUGAGAUCAUGCUCAACUGGAUGCACUACAACCAGACAGUGGACAUCUGGUCUGUGGGCUGCAUCAUGGCUGAGCUGCUCCAGGGAAAGGCCCUCUUUCCAGGAAAUGACUACAUCGACCAGCUGAAGCGAAUCAUGGAGGUGGUGGGCACACCCAGCCCUGAGGUUCUAGCAAAGAUAUCCUCAGAACACGCCCGGACAUACAUCCAGUCCCUGCCCCCCAUGCCCCAGAAGGACCUCAGGAGCAUCUUCCAUGGAGCCAACCCCCUGGCUGUGGACCUGCUGGGAAGGAUGCUGGUGCUCGACAGUGACCAGAGGGUCAGUGCGGCCGAGGCCCUGGCCCAUGCCUACUUCAGCCAGUACCAUGACCCGGACGAUGAGCCUGAGGCUGAGCCCUAUGAUGAGAGCGUUGAGGCCAAGGAACGCACAGUGGAGGAGUGGAAGGAGCUCACCUACCAGGAGGUCCUCAGCUUCAAGCCUGCAGAACCACCGCAGUCUCCCAGCAGCCUGCAGAUUGAGCAGUGAGGGGCAUGUGCCCGCCAGCCACAGGGACUGGCGGAUGGGCCCGAGCGUGCCAGCCCACUUCCUCAGCCUGCCGCAUUCCCACGAGGGGUGCCUCCCAACACCACUGUGGCCAGCGCCCUGACCCUAGCCUGGGGUCCCCCGCCUGCACGCGGCUCCUCGUGGGCAGUCUGUACGCAUGUGCAUGCACGAUGGUGUGCAUGUGUGCAAGCCGCGGGUGUGGGAGUCUAGACGGAGCAUCCCGGACUUCCUUGGUCCUCCUGCCUCCUUCCAACAAUCUAGGUCUCCCUUAGGACCUCCCCUGGAUGCCACAGGGGUUCCCCUGGGGAGUGUGUCUGUCUCCAGAUCUUCUCAGUCCCAGAGGGCUGUCUCUGGAGGGCGUGGUGCCCUGGGGCGGGGGUCUCUGGAGACUGAAGGGAGGGUCUUGCUUGUCAGAGCUUCUCAACCUGGGAGUGGGGGCUACCCUGGGAAAUGCCGAGACCCGAAGGUCUGAGAGCUGAGACUGCUGCCAGGAAUCACAGGAGCAGACCAUCCUGGGGCCACGUGUUCACCUGGGCUGUGGGGGGCUCACGUGUACUAACGUGCUCCCCUGGCACUGACGUGUCGAGGCACGUGUGACCCUGUGGGUGCCGUGACCAGCAAGAAGCCUGAAGCGAGAGG